AUGGCGCUCACUUAUCAUUGUCUCUUGGUUCAAAUUUGUUUUGAGGGUUAUGAGUAUGAUCUUUCUCAUUGGGCGUUUCUCACCUCGGACAAUCCAGCAGGAGUAGACAUUUCUGCAGCUGCCGGAAAGACAGCCACUGUUACUGUGCAGAUCUUCGGUUCUUUAUCUAAACUUGGUCCUCGCGGUAGAUCCAACAUGUUCGGCGAUGGAAUUAUCGUGUUCGGCGCUUUCAUGUUGGUUGGCACUGCGUUGACCGAGUGA